AUGACAAAGUUUUCCAAAACAUUCCGUGGAUUUUUGCACCAUUAUUCGUAGGAGACCUUUCAAAAUGAWUACRAAAACGGAUUCUGUUUGAACUCUGAGCUUGUAGCUUAAUUUGCUAUGUCCACGGAACUAUAUUCACCGCGAUCGUAUAAUCCAGCGACUCGGGUAUACGGUUCGACKUUGAGCUGCUCAAGUUCCGAAGCGUCUUCGCGCCUUGCUGCAAGACUCGAGCGAUCAGAAUACAAGAGAUCUCGGGCAAAACAGCGAGUAAGCAGCUCUUCUAGGAACCACAGUAGACGGAAAGAUAGUAGAACAAGUAGAAAAARGAAUUCUUCGACAAGGGAAACUCUGACAAAAAGUGAAGGAGAUGGUGUGACUUCAGUUUGGGAAGUAUACAGACAAAAUCCAUACUACUACAGUGAYAGAGUUCCUGAAGGAAGUUCUGAAAAAAGGGAACAUCGCAAUACAUGGUAUGGCAAGCCYAACAGCACUGGUAGUCAGCUGUCUGAACGCAGACCACAAAGUAUUCACAUUGGCUCUUCCGAAUAUAMCAAUCAUGAAUACCAGCCUUGGCUGUCACGGAAACAAACAGAAAGGAAUGUGUUUGAUCACAGUUUAARUGGAAACAACUUUGAGGGAAGUAAUGAAGCAGAUACGCAGAAAUCAAACUACAGAACAAGUUUUUCACCUUCAUACAAAGAUAGGCAAGACUUYACAGAAAUUCAAGCAGACUUUAGUCUUGAUAGAAAAGGAAUGUACAUUUCAAGAUCUUUAUCUUCGAGUUUUAGUUCCUAUGUWGGCUCRUCUGAUGAGAAGGAGGAUUCACAAGGCAUAUAUUCAGCAUAUGAUGUUGCUAGUAGRUCGCCAUAUGAGUCCAUGGUCAGUCGACGGUACAGUCAGUCAAGUCUUAGUUCUUCAAAUGCAUCAUGGCAUCAACACCAAGGCCCAACACAYGCCUACAAUGUGAGAGAUAUCCCACCGUUACUAGACCCAUUAACAUCAAAACACCAUGAAAAGUCACACACGAGAAAGUCCUCUUCUAACUACAGGGAAAUUCAAGGAGAGUUUCAAGCAAUAAAAGAGUCUGUGCCACCUGCUGUACUACCAAAACCUGGAAAAUUUAGUUCUAGUUACAAUAUACAACUACAUGCAUCCAAACCCAAAGAGUCACCCAAUUGGGGUCCUAAGACAAAUAGAGUCAACUUAAAUACAUCUAAAGGUGUUGAUCAAACUGAYAAUAAAGGAGCAACUGUACGUGAAAUAGCAAGGAAGUUUACUCCGGCCAGUGUACGGCAUAUAUCAUCAGURUGCAACUCACAAGAAGAAGACAGAAUUAUUAAGGCAGAAAUAUCUCCUUCACUUGAAAAGAGUUAUAAUGAGUCUUCUCCACCAAGAGGUACUGAUGACAAGAACAAAGGAGUUGUCAUGAGACAGAAAGAACCAAGUAACAAAACUCCUGAAGAGCUUGCAUCACAUAGACUAAGUCUACAAGAACUUAUACAACUCCAUGAAGAGCAAAUAGCUAUACAAGCAAAAAGUGCCAARACCAAUUUGACUCAUGUUUAUUUGAAACGAUCACCAGAUGUUUCUCCAUCAAGAUCAACAGCMUUUGAUGGCAARGUUAAUAAAAUUACUCCCCAGAAYGAAAAUGCAAAGGUCCCUGUUGGAAAUUCAGAAAUAAUGAGAGAUUUGCAAGAUGAUGAUAAUCAGAAAUCAACUUCAGAAGCACAGGAUAAACAUGGUGAUUAUGAAGUGCGUGAAGUAGUUGUAUCACAGAGUUCUCCAUUCAAAGUCAUUGAAYUGACUGACAAAGUAAGUAACACACCAAAAGGAAGAGCCUCUCGACUUAAACGUCAUCGYACUAUUGGUAUCGUAGGCUAUCGGCACCAGAUCGAUAGAACAUCAGAAGAAAAAGUUGAAACAAAGCUUAAAAGACACACAACUGUUGGGAUUGUAAGUGAUUUUACAGACAGUUCUGAACUUUUAACAAAGKCAAAAGAACUUCUUCAAACAGAAGACCAAAAUGUCUCUUCAUUAAGGAAUGCAGAUACUAACCGUGUUAGUCCUGUUGACAAUACUAUAAAGCAAGAUAAUAGCAAGAAGCCUUUUCCUGUGAAAAUAUUUGACAUUGAGUCUAAUUUAGACCAUGAAAACAUACAAGAUACAAUUCCAAGUAAGGAAAUGGUYACAGAACAGCCUAUCCAAAGUAUUUCCASUGAGCGUUGGUACAGCAAGGCCUUGCCAGACAAGAACUUCCUGGAAUGGGACAAUGAGAACAMGUUUUCUGCAGUUAAUMAUGAGUAUUCAGAAAAAGCAUCUGGAACGACAAGUAGCAUAACACUACGCGAGACCCAACAAGAUAUGGUUCCMUCAMGGUCCAUCAGYACUGACAAAUAUCAAACUACAAUUGAUGAUAGCCCUUCAAGAAAUUCUCAGUCUCCUAUAGUGGAACUUUUACCAGAAAGAGAGGGCAAUCCCACUGCCUACUAUAAAAGUAAUACUAACUACAUCCAUUCACAUUCAAAGGAUGUUCAUUUAGACACAAUAAAUCACAGACACCAUCUGAAUYCUCCAAAAAGYCAUUUGGUUCCCGUAGCACAGGUUUCUCCUGUCAGCCAUAGUUUUGGAAGUCAAGAAGUUGAUGAACAUAAAUCAAUGCCAUUGGCUUCACCACCUCCAGAACCUCCCUCUGCACAUGAAAUGUAUCAAACUCGCCUAGCACUCUGGGACCUGUUGCCUCACAAAGGCAAAUCAAAUAGUGACUURAGUGAGCACCAAAGYAAUGAARGUCAUUUCUCAGUUGGUGAACAUUCAAAGCCAAGCAGUCACUCUGUAGAGAAGUUACCUGCUGUCAAGUAUAUUGGYCAAACUCAUGAUAGAAAACCAGAGCCACAACAAAGCAGGCUUUCCUUAAAUUUUGAGAGACUUGACAAAACUGAAGAAUACUAUAUUGGAGUCAUAGACACCCUUAAGGCUGAAAACCAAAGAUUGAAGGAAAAAAAUGAGUCUGAAAAGAGAGAGUUCAAAAGAAUGUAUGAAGAGCAGAAAAAGGUUGCAAAUGCUUAUCAAAAGCUUGAAGAUCGGUACAGAAGACGUGUCCAUGAGCUGCAAGAUGCAUUGGCCAGUUGUACUUGUCAAGGGAGCUUGAUUGCUAAAGAAAAUGACCUCAAGUCAUCUCAUUUAAACCAAAGAAGGGAAAAAGAGAGUCACACUAGCAAGCUACAGUCAGGGAAAAGUGGCAUGCGUAUGUUUGAAGAGUUGGAAGAAUGGUUAUCAGAGCAAUCAAAGAAUUCAAAGGCUCCCAAAGUCAAUGGUACAAGCAGAGAUAGCCUCAUUAGCUCAUCUUCUGAUCUGACAGGAACAGGAUGGGAUGAUCACUGUGACAUGUUGGAYGGCGAUAUUGAUGAAGUUAAUGGAACACAUGUCUAAACAAACARCACAAAGAAACUGAAAUAUUAUGAAUUAUUUCUGGUCAUGAAUGAGGUUUCAUCAAGAACCCAUGAGUAAACUACUGUUGAAGGGUGAUWACAAGUCCACAAGAGUUUGAAUUGACUUGCACAUUUUAUACCUACAUUGUACUUAUAAGUUGACUCAACUAAAAUCGCAAACUAGUUAUAAAACACUUUUCUAGGGAUUUUAUCAUAAAAAAAAAUGAGAAAAAGAUAAUAUUUAUUGGUAAAACAAAGGACAAAAAUAAUUAAUUUAGCAAACAGUUAUUUGUUCUAUUGAAAUAAACCAACAUUUAUAUAAUAUCCACUCAAAGACAAGUUUUUGUCAGUGGUAGGAUAUCCUUACAAUAUUCAAUACGCUAUCACCAAUAUGCUUUAUAAUGGUCAGUGUAGUUUUAUUCUCUUUGGCUCAAUGUUUUGWUCUCUGCUAAAUUCUCAUUAGAAUUAUAAUACCAAUUAGUAUUUGUCUCAAGGAUUAAGCACACUAGUCUAGUUUCCUAUCUUUAGUUUAAAAAAGGUACCGUAUAUCCUUUAUAUCAGAGUUAUAUGUACUAGAGUGAGGAAAUCAAUCUCAUAAAGMAAUAUGAAAUAGUCAAGGUGUAAUGUUCCAAUAGAUAAUUCUCAGUCAUAUUGUCUUCAAUAUUAACACCCUCACUCUAGUAUACUAAUAAUCCUACAUAAAUAAAGAGAAAAAAGAUUAUUUUUAUCAAAUAAUAUUAMGUGCAUGAAGAUUAUUUUUAGAUGUAUUAGAGCAUAUUAUACAAGGGUGUAAAGUUAUAGUUUGUGUAUAUACAAAAAUAUAUUGAACAUC